AUGGUCAAGGUACGGGCUACAUUCACAGACGUAGAUGGUGCCACCUUGUAUGAUGUGCUGCAUGACCCAAAUUACAGGAAGACUUGGGACCAAACAAUGCUGGAAGGAGCUGAAAUAUGUGCAAUCAACCCCAACAAUGAUAUUGGCUAUUACGCAAUUAAGUGUCCACCACCACUGAAAAACAGAGAUUUUGUGACGCAGAGGUCAUGGCUGGACUGCGGUUGUGAGAAAAUGAUCAUCAACCAUUCAGUGAAUCAUGCUGCACGGCCAUUGACAAAAGGAAUGGUUAGAGGCAUAUCCUACUUAACCGGCUACCACAUUCUUCAGCUAGAUAAGAAGACUCAGCUAACGUAUGUUUCACAGUCAGAUCCCAAGGGAAAACUGCCAGCUUGGGCGAUCAACAAGUUGACAAGGAUGUUUGCACCAAAGGUCAUCAGUCGGAUCUACAAAGCUGCCAAAGGCUACCACAGCUGGAAGGCCAAGAACCGUCCAGAAUAUAAGCCCUGGCUCAACCCCGAACAGAUGAUGGCCACCCUCCCUCGAUUCAACCCGGCUGACAUCUGCAUUGAGACCCUCAGAGCUUCCGAAGAAUCUUUAGAUGAAGAAGAGAGCAUGAAUGAAGCAGACUUUCAAGAUGAAGAUUGUUAA